UGCAGAUGUGACUGAAACGUAUCAACUCUACCUUGAGAGUAUGCAAGGCAGUGGGUUAUUGCAAUAAAUUUAGAGAUUACAGUCAGCCCUUCUGUGUGCUGAUCCUCUCCUCUACUGACUGUGGCUUUCAUAACCCACCUCAGCUCUGUUACUGCUCAGGGUUUCCCCUCUGAGAAAUAAUAUUUAACUUUCGCUACUGGAGUAGAUGAAUCAGCUUUAAUUAAGAUUUGUCGAGCACUUUGUUGAUAAGCUCCCUAUAAAGCUGGUUAUUAUUUAUUAUUAACACACAGAUAUUCUUGGCGCCUGAGAUGUGUAAUGCCAUAACAUGGGAUCCUCUGGGAAACAGCCAUGUGGAAAGAGACAGCGUGGGUUAAAGGCUUUGUCAAAUCUUCUGGCUUCGGUUCGUGAGGCAGCGUGCUCCCAAAGCUCUGAUCCAGGAAAAAAAAGUCUUUGAGUUACUGUGGAAUCUUAAAUGUUCCUUGCAGUUACGUUCCAAUUCUGUGAACAACUUGUAGAUCUUCCCCACUUGCAGGAUUGCUGGCGGAGCCCUGGGUCAGGGCUGUGCUGAGUUUGAUGCAGCUGUGUGUGUACUGUCAGCUGCAGGGGCACAGCUGCUCUGUGAAGUACCUUGACACAGUGAGCCAUCAGAUCCUUGCAAUGCUUUUGGUAGUGAUUGCUGCUGAUUCCUUUGGAGUGAUAGGGAGCUGAGCUGAGCUAGUUGAGGACCCUGAAUGGCCGCAGCCUGUGGCACAGGUUGACUUAGUGGCAAGGUGAGCUGGAGAGCUCCAUUUAUGAAAGGUAACAAAGGCCAUGAAUGAGAAGGAUGAAUAGCAUCAAACCUGGACAAAACUCUGAGGGCCACUCCGUGACAUUUUCUCCCCUUGAAACAAGGAAUCACUGAUAGCUACCCCUGGGGUGCAUGCGUGGGUGAGUGGCAAUGUCUCACUGGGCCAGUUUCCCCUGCGCUGUUGCCAGAGUCAGCCUGCUGCUCCUACUGCUUUCUGCAGUGUUUUUCUGGUCAAGCUUAAGCGACAGAAUUCCUGAAUUUGCCCUUACGAAAAUAGAAGAGAGCGACACGAGAGAUGGCAGCGGGAAAGAGCCAAUAGCAGACGAUGGCGCUGAUCCCGAGGACCUGGAAGUGUUUUACCCGACGCGUCAGUGGCAGGCUGUCCGUCCAGGUCAAGCUGUUCCUGCGGGGUCACACGUUCGGUUAAAUCUGCAGACAGGAGAGAGAGAAGCCCGGCUUCCAGACAGUGAAAGUGGGAAAAGUGACACAAGAGAAGAGAGAAGGAGAAAAAGGCUGAACAGGAUGGAUAUUGACACAAAUUCUUUCACAUCCCAGGAGCUCAAAAAGGCAUUGGCUAAAAUGAAGGAAAGUGAGAAGGCAGAAAGAAUGGCCCACGAGGAAGAAGUAAGGAAGAAGUUCCGUCCCAUAGAGCAACUGAAGGAAGAGUUUGAAAAGCUCAAUGUGAAGAUGGAGACGGAUUAUGAAAUCAUGGAUAAACUGAUCAGCAAAUUUAACAGCUCUGCUUCCACGCUGGAUGAAAAAGUAGCGGCGCUUUAUGAUCUUGAAUAUUAUGUUCACCAGGUGGACAACGCGAAGGAUUUCCUGUCCAUGGGCGGACUGCGGCUGGUGAUCGAGGGCCUGAACAGCACAGAGGCUGUCCUGAAGGAGCACGCUGCCUUUGUGCUGGGAGCUGCGCUCUCCAGCAACCCCAAAGUCCAGAUAGAAGCGAUUGAAGGAGGAGCGCUGCAGAAGCUGCUGGUCAUUGUGGCUACAGAACAGCCACAGGCUGUCAAGAAGAAGGCACUCUUCGCUCUCUCCUCGCUGCUGAGGCACUUCCCCUAUGCCCAGCAGCAGUUCCUCAAGCUGGGCGGCCUCCAGGUGCUGCGUGGGCUCUUCAGACAGCCAGGGAGCUCAGCCCUGUGUGUCCGUGCUGUGACGUUGCUCUACGACCUCUUCGUGGAGAAGAUGCUGCUGGAGGACUCUCAGCACAGCGACCAAGCGGAGGAGAAGGUGCAGCAGUACCGGCGGGUGCAGCUGGUGCCGGCGGUGCUGGAACAGGACUGGUGUGUGGCAGUGCCAGGGCUGCUGGCUUUGCCAGAGCACGACGCACGUGAGAAGGUACUGAAGGCGGUGGCUGUGCUGAUGGCGUUCUGCAGGGAGCGCUUCCGCGGGGACACGGCCCUCAGUGCCACGCUGGGGCUGCUGCGCAGUGAGUAUGAGGAGCUGGCAGCUGCCGAGCGCAGGGACGGCGAUGGGGAUGGGUACUUCCAGGAGCUGCUGGGCUCUGUGAACAGCAUCUUGCAGGAGCUGGGCUGAGGCCGGAGCUCGGAUGGGUCAGGAUAAUGGUGUGAUGUGUGGUGUCACCUGUGUAAGUGCACUUUGAAUAAAUGGCUGAGCUAAGGAAGUCUCCCCAG